UUGACCGCGGGGGUGUCAGUCACCAUGGUGGCGCACAACAGAGCGGACCCGUGUUCACUUCCAGACCCACCGAGGGGGGGGGGAAGAAAAAUGCCUGGAUCAUGACCGAGUCUCAGUGACUGUUUCCCCGGGCUCUGCCUCUCGACAGGGACCGCCAGCUCGUCGGUUGUAGCCGUUAGCCGCUAGCUGUGUUUUGUUUUUUAAUGUUUCGUUCCGACCCGUUGUCUUUUUCUCUUUCCGUCGCCCCGCAGGAAAGCUGAAGACACAGGGACAAGCUCCGGAGACCGUCCGCGGCGCAUGAAGGGGACAUUUUUCCGCGUUGAGAGAUUAGUUGGAAGAGGCUGUUUUUAUUUUUAUUUUCACAAGAAAGGGGGGGAAAAGUAGUUUUCCAGCGUCGGAGGGGACUUGUCGCUGGCUGCCGGUUCCGGCUCGGGGCAGCGGAAAGAGCAGCAGACACCUCCCCCCCACCCCCUUGCCAGAGGAGACUGCUCGGCUCGGCUGUCUGGCUCCAGUCGUGGCCUGGCUCCGGGGGCACUCCCAGCUCAUCCGCUAGCUCAUCCGGAGAAUAACGCGACACACGGCGCAGAGAGACAGAGAGAGGGGGCAGCUCCUCCAGGUUAUAUCCGCAUCCCUGGAUACCCAGCGCCGCGCUCCCCUCUCCGGGAUAAAGACGUGUCCAGGAUCCUGCACACGACGUCUUUCCAAAACAAUGGCGUCUUAUGUGGAUAACAGCUUUCGCCAGGCUGUGAUGAUGAACCCGGCGGAGCGGACGCAACAGGACCUGGAGAUCGUCUACUCGUACCUCCACGGGAUGGAGGCCCUGUCCAACCUGCGAGAGCACCAGCUGAGGAUAAUGUGUGAGACGGUUCGUUAUGAGAGACACGAGGCCAACGAGGUGCUAUACUACCCUGACGACAUUGGAAGCUGCUGGUACAUCCUGUUGUCCGGCUCCGUCUUCAUUAAGGAGUCCAUGUUCCUGCCCAGAAGCAGUUUUGGAAAGAGAUCAGCGGGCAGCCUACGCCGCGGAUGUGAGUGCAUCGUCCUGGAACCCUCAGAGAUGAUUGUGGUGGACUAUAUGGAUGAAAAUGAGGAGUACUUCCAGCGACAGGCAUCGCACAGACAAUCCCGUCGGCGCUUUCGAAAGAUCAACCAGAAGGGGGAGAGGCAGACAAUCAUUGACACAGUGGAUCCGUACCCCACCGGGAAGCCGCCCAUAGCCCGGGGAUACCACACGGAAUGCAAUAAACCUCAGCUCCCCGCAGACUUCAGCCGACUUCACCUGGCCGACGGCUUGCACCCACAGGUGACCCACGUCUCCUCCAGCCACUCAGGAUGUAGUAUCACCAGCGACUCUGGAAGCAGCAGCCUGUCAGACAUUUACCAGGCCACAGAGAACGAACCCGGUGACAUGGACCUGAGUGGCCUGCCGGAGACCGCCGUGGACUCCGAGGAGGAUGACGAUGAGGAGGACAUCGAGCGAGCGUCGGACCCCCUCAUGAGCCGGGACAUUGUGCGUGACUGCCUGGAGAAGGACCCGAUGGACAGAACCGAUGAUGACAUAGAGCAAUUACUGGAGUUCAUGCAUCAACUGCCAGCGUUUGCAAACAUGACCAUGUCAGUGAGGAGGGAACUGUGCGCCGUCAUGGUUUUUGCUGUAGUGGAACGCGCCGGCACCAUCGUUCUCAACGACGGAGAGGAGUUGGAUUCCUGGUCAGUGAUUCUCAACGGUUCUGUGGAAGUGACGUAUCCCGACAGCCGGACGGAGAUCCUGUGUAUGGGGAACAGCUUUGGGGUGUCACCGACCAUGGAGAAGGAAUACAUGAAGGGUGUGAUGAAGACCAAGGUGGACGACUGCCAGUUUGUGUGCAUAGCCCAGCAGGACUACUGCUGCAUCCUCAACCAGGUGGAGAAGAACAUGCAGAAGGUCGAGGAGGAAGGUGAGAUUGUCAUGGUGAAGGAACACCGCGAGCUGGAUCGCACCGGCACCAGGAAAGGACACAUCGUUAUCAAGGGCACGCCGGAGCGUCUCACCAUGCACCUGGUGGAGGAGCACUCGGUGGUGGACCCCACGUACAUCGAGGACUUCCUGUUGACCUACAGGACCUUCCUCUCCAGCCCCAUGGUCGUGGGCAAGAAGCUCCUGGAGUGGUUCCAUGACCCCAGUCUCAGGGACAAGGUACAGCUAGAAGUUACACGGGUAGUCUUGCUGUGGGUAAACAAUCAUUUCAAUGACUUUGAGGGUGACGCUGCCAUGACUCACUUUCUGGAGGAGUUUGAAAGCAAUCUGGAGAAAGAAAAAAUGUGUGGGCACCUCAGACUGUUAAAUAUAGCAUGUGCUGCUAAAGCCAAGCCGCGGCUGGUGACACUGACCAAGCCGUCCAGGGACUCUCCUCUGGCGUUCACCCUGCUCGGAGGUCAGGAGAAAGGUUUUCGCGUCUUUAUCGAUGCCGUGGAGUCCGGGAGCAAAGCAGCAGAAGUCGGCCUUAAGCGUGGAGAUCAGAUCUUAGAGGUCAAUGGGCAGAACUUUGAGAACGUCCAGCUCAACAAAGCCAACGAGAUCCUGAAGAACAACACGCACUUGUCUAUAACUGUGAAAACAAACCUCUUAGUGUUUAAAGAUCUCCUAACAAGGCCUGAACAGGACCACGACUUGGACGGUGAGGAGGAGCACGACAGGAAGAACGGGGCGCCACACCUCCCGAAGAUCGGAGACAUCAAGAAGGCCAGCCGCUACUCCAUCCCCGACCUGGCGGUGGACGUGGAGCAGGUGAUGGGCCUGGAGAAGGUCAGCAAGAAGGCGAAGAGCAACUCGGUGGGAGGACGCAACAAGCUGAAGAAGAUCUUUGACAAGACGCUCACCAGCAUCCUGCCUCCCAAACCAUACAAUGAGGUUUGCGUGGGCCAAUCGCAGGACGACAGCAUCGUGGGGAUGAAACAGUCCAAACAGAUCGCCCCGGCUCUGCCCGUCAGUGGGAACCUGUCGUCGUCAAACCCCGACCUGCUGCAGUCGCACCACCGCAUCCUCGACUUCAACAACCAGCCAGUUCCAGUUAUACUAAAUUUGUCAGACCAGGUGUUACGAGUCUUCAAGGCCGACCAGCAGUCUCGGUACAUCAUGAUCGGGAAGGACACGACGGCGAAGGAGGUGGUGGCCCAGGCUAUCAGGGAGUUCGCCCUGACGGCAGCACCGGAGGCUUAUUCGCUGUGCGAGGUGUCCGUCACGCCGGAGGGCGUCAUCAAGCAGAGGCGAUUACCAGACCAGCUUUCUAAACUGGCCGACAGGAUUCAGCUCAGCGGCAGAUACUACCUGAAGAGCAACAUGGAGACGGAGACGCUAUGUUCAGACGACGAUGCCCAGGACCUCCUGAGGGAAGGUCAGAUCUCUCUGUUACAGCUCAGCACGGUGGAGGUGGCCACCCAGCUCUCCAUGCGGGCUUUCGAACUUUUCUGUGCCAUCGAGCCCACCGAGUACAUCGACGACCUGUUCAAGAGGCGCUCGAAGACGGGCUCGUUCAGCCUGAAGCGCUUCGAGGAGAAUCUCAAUCACGAGACCUUCUGGGUGGCGACGGAGGUGACCCAGGAGCCCAACCAGCUCAAACGCAUGAAGAACGUCAAGCACUUCAUCAAGAUCGCCCUGCACUGCCGCGAGUGCAAGAACUUCAACUCCAUGUUUGCCAUCAUCAGUGGUCUGAACCUGGCUCCGGUCUCCAGACUGAGGGGGACAUGGGAAAAGCUACCGAGCAAAUAUGAGAAGCUGUUCGGGGACCUGCAGGACCUCUUUGAUCCUUCCAGAAACAUGGCCAAGUACAGGAAUCUGCUCAACAAUCAAAACCUCCAGCCACCCAUCAUCCCCUUGUUCCCCGUCAUCAAGAAGGACCUCACCUUCUUACAUGAAGGCAAUGACUCCAAAGUGGACGGGCUGGUGAACUUCGAGAAGCUGAGGAUGAUCGCCAAAGAAAUCCGCCAUGUUGGUCGCAUGGCGUCCGUCAACAUGGACCCGGCCCUCAUGUUCCGGACAAGGAAGAAGAAGUGGAGAAGUUUAGGCAGCUCUUUAAGUCAGGGUAGUGCCAAUGCGGCGGUGCUGGACGUCACGCAGACGGGCGGGCACAAGAAGCGGGUGCGUCGCAGCUCCUUCCUGAACGCCAAAAAGCUUUACGAGGACGCCCAGAUGGCCAGGAAGGUCAAGCAGUACUUGUCCAACCUCAGCCUGGAGGUCAACGAGGAGAGUCUGCAGACGCUCUCGAUGCAGUGUGAACCCUCCAUCAGUACGCUGCCCAAGAACGCCGGUGGGAAACGACCAGACACGUCCCCGGUCGUGUCUAGAGCUGCCAGUCAACAGAGGGGGCAGUUGACCAAAGGAAAUCAGGCUCUCCAGGUCCCUAACGUGGCACUUUACCCAUCCCGAAAGAAGGUCCCGGUCAAAGAUCUGCCGCCUUUCGGCACCAGUUCUCCACAAUCUCUGAAGAAGAUCCUGUCGCUGUCGGAGGAGGCGAGCGACAGGCACCGGAGGCAGCCAGAGGACACGGUGUCCAACGCCUCCUCCCAGCUCUCCUCCCCUCCCACCUCCCCCCAGAGCUCGCCCAAGAAGGGUUACAACCGGAUGGGCGACGCCUACUCAGACUCUGGUCACAGUGAGAUCUCGUCUCGCUCCAGCCUCGUCAGUAACUCGUCUUUCGACAUGGCCCAGGAGGAGAGGCGGCUCCGUCACUCCGGAGGAGUCGGGGAGUCUCACAUCGUGGGAGCGCGGCUGGAACGAAGAGCCACCACUGACCCAGACCAGUACAGCCUUGGGUCAUAUUCCUCAAUGCAGGACUGUCGGGGUAUUUACGUCGGCUGCCCGACGGUGCUCUCUUCGCCCAGCUCAGAGGAGCUGACCCAGGAUCAGGGCGACCGUGUUUCACUCGACGCUGCAGACAGCGGCCGAGGCUCCUGGACUUCGUGCUCCUCCGGCUCCCACGACAACAUCCAAACAAUGCAGCAGGGGCGCAGCUGGGAGACUCUGGCCUUCGGUGGGGGCGGAGGUGGAAUCGUUGGACUCCCUCCCGGCGGACCAGAGGCCUUCUUGGGAGGACAUGCAGCCCUGUGGGCGGCACAGGCCAGGGGGAGCUGGGCGUCUGCCAGCUCCUCGUCAUCCUCCGCCGCGUACUGGGGAGAGGACUCCGAGGGGGACACCGGCACCAUCAAGAGAAGAGGAGGGAAGGACGUCAAUGCUGACCCGGAAACGAGUAGCAUCACAUCCACCGGGUCAGAGGAAGCCAAGCAUCACGGCCGGCCAUCUCCAUCACCCAUCACUGCUGGGGCACGAAAAGAGGGCCGAUACCGGGAGCCUCCCCCAACCCCCCCUGGCUACACGGCCCUGAACAUCAACGACCUCGCGGAGGGUCAGCAUCCGGCUCCGUCUGUCCCCACGACCACAGCGAUCCACUCAGGCCGCCGGCCGCCCGACUACUCCACGGCUCUGCAGCGCUCGCGUAUGGUCACCCAGUCCCCCGACUCCCACCAGGCCCAACAGGGGGCCAAACAGCGGUUGGGCGGCCUCCACCGCACCUGCUCGCCAGCCGGGGACCAAGAGCGCAAUGAGGAAGAGGAGGAGGACGAACAGGUGUCAGCGGUGUGAGGGACCACGGUGGACGUCCUUCUUGCAGUAACUUGAAGCCCCCCCCCCCCCUGGUUCGGGGUGGGCAGGAUUACAGAGACAGACCAAUAGACUUCAUCAUCAGUUACAUACGUGCCUGCCUCCUCCACUCGGCUCCCCCCCCACCCCCCUCCCGAUCGGUGGACUCCUCUGCUGGUCUCCCUCCCCUGCCUUAAAGCAUCAUGGGGGGUUGAAUGACCUUGCAUGCAACAAAAAAUACUGUGAAGAAGAAGAAGAAGAAGAGGAAGAGGAGGAGGAGAUGGAGAGAGAGAGAGAAGGUCAAAGACGAUGACUAAAUGCCUGGCACUUUGAUAAAAAGACUAGAGAAUCAUUAACUGGCGUCGGGGGAGGUCGACCUGGACGCACAAAACACACACGGAACCACAAACACGUCGCUGUCAGAAACCCUGUUAACACAACAGCAUCAUGACGUGUUGAGCUUCAUCUGCACUUUCCUUAUUUUCUAGAACAAAACAGACUGAAGACGGAGAGAAACAGCGGUUGACUUGACUCUUCAUUUUUCAAAUUCCCUCUAGAUUUCAGUUCUUCUUUUUCUUUUCGUUUGACUGAUGGGAGAGAGAGAGAGAACACAAGUCAGCCCAUCGUUUCUCUGCCUGGACUGAAAACAACCCAUCUGUCGUUGAGUGUUUCGGACUCGGACAAAUCCAGUAUUAACUCGUGUUUCACAUGUGAACGUUUAUCAAGUGUUGGUUCAAGUGGAAGCUCAACAUGCACAGUGUACGGACACACACACACACACACACACAGAGUACAUGUUGUUGUACGGACACAUAGACAAAAAAGACGGUUUAUUACAGAUUUAGCACUUUCAGCACAAUCCCAGAUGUUACCAGACGUUUGGCCUGGACACCAGGGUUCGAUCCAACCUCGGAGCUCGUCCUGGUCACAUCGGUUUCUCCUCAUCAUCCUGUGGUUUGCUGUUACAUCGUGAGCGUGCGCCUCUGUCAGUCGCCUGUUGGUGAGGUUUUAAACAAAAAAAAAAGCACAUAGGCCAUCGAGCGCCGGCUGAAACCUGGGGGAACACGUUGGUUUCUGCGGAAUCACAAAGGAGCAGCAGCGACAGACGCCUGAAGGUUGGUCCUGGUUUCUCGUGUGAGGUUUGGACGCUCGCAGGAUUUUUCUCAUCUCGUACGAAUCAAGGCUGGAGAGCGGUGGCCUCUUUGUAUUUGGUCGGAAAGGGAUCAAGCAGGGUAGUGAACAUCAGCAGCUGCCAACGUGUAAAUUGUGAGUGUAGCUCAACUUUUACAAACCAAUCUUGUACAGAGUCUUACGAUACACACACACAUUUCCUUUUUUCAAAAUAUAAAUACCCAUGAAUUGAGAUUAGGCUUCUUUUUUUUUUCUCCCCCUCAACUUUUUUUGUGAAUGUCCAAAGCGCCUUACGAUGCCAUGAUUGCGUACAUUUCUUUACGUGCUCGUUCCUCGUCAUGAAUCACCUUGUUUCAGGAGCAACUCUUGAAUCAAGCAAAAGUGGAGAGAAAAUGCCUUAUUCAAGAAACUUCCCUGGACGUUUAAGACUCGGUACAAGAUGAAGUCAAGACAUUUCUCUUUCUGUUACGUGGCUUCGGGACAUGGCCUUGUUACGGUGUGGUACAGAUCCGUCUACACACACAAGUGACCCUGCGCCUCGUCCGCUGCUGUCGAUUCAUCUCAAGAAAAACAAAAAUAAAACCCUCUCACCUGUUACAGACAUCAGCUCCAUGGAUGCUGUGUUCCUCCUCCGGCCUCCCGUUGAAUUGCGCCACCAGGGGAAGUGGCUGAAUUGUGUAUUUUUUUUUGUUUUAGUUUUUUUUGGGGACUCCGGUGCAGAAGCUGACAAAUGAAGAAUUUCCUUUUUUAUUUUUUAUUUCCCAAGGCUGCCAAUCAGAACGAUCAGAUUUCUUUUUUUCUUCUUCUAUCACUGAUUCGCACUGAUCACAUUGAUCAGUCUUGGAAACGACAGACUGAGAAAAAAUAAGAUGAAUGAGUGCAGUGUGUUUUUUUUCCCCCGGGGGAGGGGGGGGUUCCUUUUUGUUUAUUGUAAUAUUAUAAUUUUAUUUUUUUUGUAAUGGCUGCAGAUAGAUUGUUAAUAAUUUGUUUGUAUUACAGUGGUGACAUGCAUCAUUCACUUUCAUUCAACUCUGAAGAUAAUGUGCAUAUUAGCGGGCCGAGUCCUAUUUCGAAAAACAAAAAGUUGCACAAAAAUGUACAAGCGUAAAGAUAAAAGUGUAGUGGGUAGAACUGCUACUCCGUGUGAUGUGUGAUGUCAGUGAGAAAUGUACAUUUAGCUGGUGAUGACCUUCUGUUCUUCAUUCUUUCUCGUACUACUUUGACCUGUGUAUGUCUUUUAAAAAGACAAUCGGUGGAGUACGUAUCGGUUGUUUUUGUAUUUUUAAUACAAUAAUUGUAAAUAUUGGUUAUAUUUUUGUUCAAAUGUACUAUGUUUAUGCCUCAACAUCCAGUUUAUAUGAAGCUGGGAAUCAAUAAAUACUGCAUAAAGAAUCAACACCUAGGUUUAAAUGCACUUAUUCAUUUCUUUCUGCAUUUUGAUGUCUUUCUUUUCUAAAUUGUUUUUCUUUGAGAGUUUUUUUUUUUUUCUUCUUUUCCUCCCAGAUACCGUCUAGUGUUUGCACAAGUCAUGAAAGCAACUUGAAAAGUGUAACCCUCAUACUUUUCUAUCUGACCCCGCAGUGUGUCAGAAUUAAUAAAAAAGAGAUAUUGAA